AUGGAUAGAGAAGCCUCAGCUAAGCCCGGAGAAGGACAGUGUUUUUUGCAGGUCACCAAGCAGAGGGCAGGAUGGAAAUUGCCCAUCUUCCUCACGCUGUGCCUGUUGCAAGGUUCUGCUUUGACCCCUCCACAGAGAAGACCCCAUCUCAGAUGCCUGCGGACCGUCUCUCUGCCCUCUGCACCCCGCCUCUGGGCCAAGGAAACACUCACUCCUUUCUCACCCCUCUGCGGGAGAGGGAAGACAUCCAUCGCAGACGCAAACGCACUGAAGGGCCCGAGGCUGGUGUCUGGGGAGCCGGGGGGAACUGUCACCAUCCAGUGCCAUUAUGCCCCCUUGGCCAUCAACGUAUACGAGCGGAAGUACUGGUGCCGUCUCAGCCCCCUGACGUCGUUCUGCCACACCAUUGUGUCCACCACCGGCUACGCUCAUCUUGGCUACCGUGGCCGCGUGACAUUUGCAGACUUCCCGCAGAGAGGCUUGUUUGUGGUGAGGCUGUCCCAACUGUCCCCGGAUGAUGUGGGCCGCUACCGCUGUGGCAUUGGGAAGAGAAACGACAUGUUCUUCUUCAGCAUGAAUCUGACCGUCUCUGCAGGUCUUUCCAGCGCCGUCCCCCCACCCACUCUGGCUGCGGGUGAGCUCGUCGUGGCAUCCCUUGGAACAGCAACACCGGCGGCCAACAGAUGGACCCCAGCAACCUCCCGGAUGACAGAAAGACAAGGAACAGGAUUCCACAGAGUUGCUCUGACUCCAGGAACCAGGAAAACAACAGCUUCCGCUGAGGGCAGGCAGACCCCAGGAACAACUGGGGCAGCAGCUCUAGGGACAGGUAGUCGGGUAGAGAGUUCUGUCUGGACAACAGUCCCCAUUCCAGAGAGUUCAGCUUCAACCAUCGGACAUAUGUCCAAUACGACAGAAGGUGUUUGGGUGUGGGACACCAACGGCUCGGUAGGGGAUUCGGGCAGGCCCAGCGAGGAAGGGAGGGAGAUAACAACUACUGAGGCCGAUAGGCCACAAGAAGAAGCAGAGAGGGUCAGAACAGCUCUGGGUGUAGUUGGGAAGGUCAUAGGGACCAUCAGGCCAACAACUCUGGUCUCAGAAAAACGGGUGCAGGAAAUCUUGCAAGAAGCAACAGCCAUUGCUAAGCCCCAAGCCCUGGGCUCCAUUGAAAGAACUACCCCAGCUGCAGGCGUGUGGACCCUGGGGCCCUCCAGCAUACAGGUGGCGUCUGAGGAGGGAGCUACCGAAGGGGACCUAGACACGCCUGCUGGAUACAGCGAUCCCCAAGCAACACCGAGCCAGGCCCCGGCAGCUGGGCCCAGGAGGCCCCUGGGCAAGGGGUAUUCCAUGAAGAGGGCUUCUCCAGGAGAGAAAAACAUCUCUCGGAUCCUGACUCCUGUCUCUACGGUGCUCUUCCCCCUCACGCUUGUGGCUCUCGUCCUGUUGCAAAGGAGGCUCCGGAUAAACAGGACCUCUCAGGAGACAGAAGGGACAGCAGGGGUCACCUUGAUUCAGAUGACGCAUUUCCUGGAACUGAGCCUCCAGCCAGACCAGCUGCCCCACGUAGAGAGGAAGAUAUUCCGGGAUGAGUCUCCUCCUCAGGCCCGUCUGACUGUCCCCGAGAGGCACCCUGGCCCCCAAGGAAUGGAACAAUAAGCUGUUCAGUCCUCGUGGAAAGAGAGCCAGGACGAAACAGCAUGACUUCAGCCUUUUUUUCAUCCUUCCUCCACCUAUACAGAGGGAAGCAAAUGGACUGGGGAAACAGAGGCUGGCCGUCCUUGGGCCUAGGAAAGUCAAGCAUUUCCCACAGCCAAAGGUGGUAUAUGACUCAAAGGAGGCUGCAAGAAAGGACUCAUUAAACAUCGGCGGAGGUCACCUAGGAGAGCGUGGAACUUCCAUUUCCGGGAGU